AUGUCCAAUGAGAAUGAGAUCGGCGAAAUCCAGCUCCUGGUUUCUUCUGGCGACAAAUCCAUCAAGUGCUCCGGCUACUCAAGCCUCCUCCAUUUCCAGGAACAUUCUACUCUCAAUCCCUUUUCCCUCCACUCCCUCUCACUCUCCUCUCACUCCAUCGUCUCUUCCCUAAUCUCCGACAUCUCCAACCACGACGAAGAAAUAGCUGCGCAAGCCUUGAAGUGCUUGGGCUUCAUGAUUUAUCAUCCUUCCAUUGUGUCCUCACUUCUACCGGAUGAUGUCAAUUUGGUAUUAGAGUCACUGUCCAAACUUAUUACAACCUCUAAAUUAAAGUCUGCUUGUAAUUUAGGGGUAUGGUGUAUAUCUGUUCAACAGUUAGGAGAAUCGUGUCUUGCUACUCACUUCCAUUCUUUGUUACUAGCAAUUGUUCAUGCCUUGGACAACCCAAUGGGUUCUUUGUCAACAACAUUUGAAGCUACCCAGGCUGUAAUGAAGCUAUGUGGUCAACUAAGUAAACAAAUGAGAGACUCAUCCCACAUAUGGGCUCCUCCAAUAUACAGAAGACUUCUCAGCACAGAUAAGAGGGAAGGGGAUGCCUUGGAACGAUGUCUAUUGAAGGUCAAAACUUCAGUCAUUCCUCCUUCCUUGGAUCUCUCGAAGGUUCUUGUCAAAGAUAUGAAGUUAAAUUUGCUUAGUGGGAUGAAGAAAUUGUUAGAUAAGGGUAUGAAGAUUCAAGUUAUUCAAGCAUGGGGAUGGUUUAUCCGAAUGCUUGGAUCACAUGCUUUGAAGACUAGACAAUUAGUUAAUGACUCACUGAAAAUUCCUGAAUGUACAUUUACAGACCUUGAUCCUCAAGUUCAGAUCGCUACACUGGUUGCUUGGGAAGGUCUUAUCGAUGCUCUUGUUCACUGCACAAUGUUAGAUCUCAAUAAAAAUACCCCAGCCAAGGAAAAUCAUCUUCAAAAACAACAUUCAUUAGAAAGGAACAAUUGUGAUGUCCAAGCAAAUGGUUUUUCCAAGAGCAUAAGACUAAUAAUGACCCCAUUGAAUGGCAUUAUGUCUAGUAAGUGUGAUAUAUCAGUCCACUCAUCGUGCUUGAAUACAUGGUGUUAUUUGCUUCAUAAGCUUGAAACUUCUAUCAACGAACCCUCAUUGAUAAAGAUGGUAUUAGAGCCUAUUUUAAAAGCAAUAUUUCAGAAUGGACCUGAUAGCAAGAGCAUCUGGUUGUGGGGGCUGGGCCUAGAUCUGCUCAGUGAUUGUAUCUCACAGAAGUGUAGGGAUGUCCUCUGCCAAUCAACUAACCAGUUCAGAGAUAGAAUCUCUGAAACUGGGCCUUCUCUAUCUGCCAAAUGCUCUUGGAAGCUUCACCCAAUUAGAUGGCUGCCAUGGGAUAUCAGUCAAUUGGAUUUUUUUCUUAGUAUGAUUUCUGUUCUCAUUUGUCAAGCAUCAAGACCAACAGUGACUUCUGAUCAUAGAAGUCUUGUUUAUGAUGCUGCCUUAAAGUUAUUUACAUAUGUUUUAAAAGGAGUCAAACAUGAUUUGGAAAGUACAUCUACCAAUUAUGAUGGUAUUAUGUUGUGCUUGAAAUCAAUAUUAACAUUCAUAAAAAAUGUAUGCGAGGAUUUAUGCACAGAUGGCACUGAAAAGCAUGAUCUGUACUGCAUUUCCAUUCGGUUUAUAGAAGUUGUCACAAAGGAAUUAGAUUCUUUGAUCUUGGGAUCUCCUCUCUACAAGUUUUCUUUAGACCUAAAGUACAUUGGUGGCACACAAUCAGGUGAUCGCAAUGAACACCUAAAUUUUAGUGUCAGUCGUGUUUCUUAUAUGGAUAAGGUUUCACCAAUGGUUUAUUUGAUAGCGGUUUACUUCCAUAUGCUGGACUGGUUAGCAAUGAAUUCUUCUCAAUCAGACUGCAAGCCGCAAAGAAGCUCUGAAUAUUUUAAAUUCAUAUUUUCUUCAAGUGAUUCCCCAGACAAUCUACUUACUUUUGUUGGCUUCUUGUACAAAGAUGUUCGACCAAUUCACUUAAAAAUAUGGAUAACAUUGGCUGAAGGAUUGAAUGGCUGUGCACGUGAUCCAAACUGUAGGUCUCUACGGGUAGCCAUGUCUGAUAGUGCUGCAUAUUCUUCCAUAUGCCAUCUUUUAAUUUAUCCCAUUGUGGUACACACUGAAACUGCAAGAUUGACCUUGUCAAAUGCUGGUGCCUCUUCAGAGAAUUAUAAAGUAUUACUAGAAAAAAACCCAAGGCUUGACCUUGUUAUUCAAACAUGGAUAUCGCUUUACGAAUCUCUUAGUGCUUCAGGCUUCGGAUGUUCAACAACCACCAAUUUUUCUGGAGAUCUGUGCACAUUGUUAAGCAGGUGCCUUGAUGAUAGCAUUGACAUGGCUGAGAGCGGCAUUGAACUUCAUUUGAAAUGCAAUGAUAUUGAUCUUGGUAUCCUCCAUUUAUCUGGCAAUUUCAUGAUGUGCAUUCUUGACCACAUUCAGACUUCAGAAUUAGUUUCAGAAACAGAAAUAAGUAACACUGACCGUGAGAGCAAAAUUCUCUGUGGCAUAAAGAACUGCUUAAAACUUGCUGCUAGGUAUAUGAAUUUGUUGAUGAAAACGGUGGUGAUAGACCCACUGCCUGGUUUUGUUGGGACCUCAAGAGUAUCUUCUGCAUUAGCAAAUUUCGUUAGCCGCCUUCACUGGAAGCAAGAUAUUCUUCUUUUUCUGGAGAUUAUUUCCUGUCCACUACUUCAAUGGCUAUCAAAUAUGGUAAAUCAGGAUGAAACAACAAAUGAGCAACUCCAACAUCUGUGGAAUGAAAUUUUAAGUUGUUUAAAAAGAAGUCAACCUCCAAUGAACUUUGGUUCCGCUUUACUCAGACUUCAUGAAACCUUGUUUGAAAAAACUCUUGAUCAUCCAUAUCCCUCCAUUUCAAAACCAACCAUCACAUUUUGGAAUUCCACGUUUGGUCAACAAGUUAUUCUGGAUUUCCCACCGAAUCUGCUCUCUGUCCUCGACAGACUAUCUAGGAAUGGGAAAUUAAAACUCCAGAAGAGAAGCCUACCACCUCUUCAAAAAUGUCAUUCCUCUAAGGAAGUCAGUGGCACUCUGCCAGGAUACCAGGUCACCGCAACACAUAAUAGGACAUCUAAGAGAAUUGAGUUAGUGCCGGACGCACAAAAAGAUGCAUCUCCUUUGAGUGUUAAGAAAAGGAGAUUAGAACUGACUGAGCAUCAAAAGGAAGUGAGGCGAGCGCAGCAAGGAAGGGAAAGGGAUAGUGGAGGACAUGGCCCUGGAAUUAGAACUUACACUAAUGCUGAUUUCUCUCAAGGGCUUGAUGAAUCACAAGAAAGCCAGGAAAUAAGAGACUCAGAAGCCAUACUGCAGAUGUUGAGGAAAACUAUUUAGUUACCUCAGUGCUGAAUUGCAUUGGCACUAAAACAGUGGCUGUCCAAGAAUAAAUUGUCAUCAUUUAUAUAACUACACUCGCCGAUGAUUCAUAAUCCAAGUACUCUAGAUUGGUCCACAGUUGCACCCACCUGCGUCAUUUUCAAAGCCCCAGCAGAGCAGACAGUUGCCGCCACCACCACAAGCACGUUGCUUUUUUGGUUGUUCCUCUGUUGUUUUUGCUCUUGCUGCUGUCGUGUACGCCUCUUUCGACCAUCGCUGCGCUGUCGCUCUGUUCUGCUGUCUAUUGUUAUGCCGUUCACUGCUCUUUCCUCACCAUGACUCUCGCUCUCUGGAAGCCCGCUUGGCGUUGCAAAUUCUAGCCUUUAAGGACCAAGGAGUGAGAACAAACUAACGUAGCAUGAGGCCAAUUAUUAACGCAGCCAGGCACACCGCAAAACAAACCUAAUCCUCAUUCUUCUCCGGCGUUGCAUCUCCGUCGGCUUGCUUUUCAUCUCACCGGAUCGCCGCCAUUUGAUCUAUCGACGGUGAAAUUGUCUUAACCUGAAGGCCACUUAUACCGCGACGUGAGUAUUUGAAGGUGUAACGGUUUCCGUCGGGUUGCUUUUCAUCUCAUCGGAAAGCCGCCAUUUCAUCCAUCGGCGGGGACAUCGCCUUCACCCAAAGGGAAGAGCAACUGCAACGUGAGCAUUUGAAGGCGUCACGCAACCCUCUUCUCCUCAACCUUCUUUGGUAAGGGACAGGUGUCUUCAUUGAAUGCACGUGGACCACAUAAUGUCGAUGGAACAAGCAAUUUGUGAAGGCGCAUCGUACGGUACAGCAUAUGAUGAUAGUGAUUAGUAUAAUUCUUGCGACGUUAAUGUUCCAUCGCUUAGUAAAAAUGACACACAACAUGUAGACAAGUCGGUGAUAUCUAUGGAAAAGUGGGAAUUGUGUGGAAGAGUUAUUGUGAGUGUCGAACGGUGGAUGGAUAUGUCUUUUGUUUAUACAUCAUCGGUUAUCAAUUUCAAGGGAAAGAUUCUAGAAGCAUUAUUGAAGUAGUGGACGAUGCAAUGGCAGUGAAUCAUGAGUUACCCGAUUACACUGGAAUUCCAUUAGAUGAAAUCCCGUACGUAGGAUUGAGAUUUGUUUCCUUGCAGCGGGCACAAGAGUUUUACACUAAUUAUGCAAAGAAAGUUGGCUUCGUGACCAGGAUUAGGAACACCAACUUUGACAAGACCAGGAAGGAUUCAAAGAUACCUGUUAACCAAUCGUUACACUGUAGUCGUAAAGGUUAUCGGGAGUCUUGAGUGAAGGCAGCAACUCGGGUAAAGCGAAUAACAACAGCUAGAUGCAAAGCAAGGAUGUACGUCAUGCUUGAUAGACAGAAGGAUAAUUGGAUGGUCUCCAAACUAGAACUGAAGCACACCCAUCUGUGUUCUGCCAAGCAAGUUGUGCAUUACACUGAGUACAAGGAACUGACUAUGCGUGCCAAGUGUGUGAUUCAGAACAAUGAUGAAGCUGGCAUACGGCCCAAUAAGACUUAUCUCGCACUGGCGAACGAGGUUGGUGGCUCGUCGAAUUUGGGUUACUCAGAAAAGGAUGUGAGGAACUUUAUUACGAGCAAUUUGCGCUGUGCUGACGGAAACGCAGAUGUCAAGGAAAUGAUUAGCUAUUUCAUGCAGAUGAAAGAUAUCAACCCGAAUUUUUUUAUGCAGUUGAUGUAGACGAAGCUAACUAGUUUAAAAGUGCGCUCUGGGUAGAUGCAAGAUGCAGGGCUUCCUAUGAAUAUUAUGGUGAUGUGGUAUCAUUUGAUACAACGUACAAUAGAAACAAGCACGGACUUCCAUUUGCAUCUUUUGUUGACGUUAACCAUCAUAGCAAGUCCACUCUGCUCGGAUGUGCUUUGAUGGGAAAUGAGAAAAUUCGUUACUACGAGUGGGUCUUUAAGCAAUGGUUGAGGUGCAUGGGAUCUCCCCCACAGGCCAUCAUCACGGACUAGUGCAAAUUCAUGUUUGGUGCUAUCAAGAAUGUCCUUCCAGAUACUCGCCACCGAUGGUGCAUAUGGCACAUAAUGAAGAAGAUACCGCAUAAGUUUGGAGGAUAUGCACGGUAUAAAGAAAUAGAUGAUAGAAUGCAUGGCACUGUUUGUAAUGCCAGGUCUGUGGAAUCUUUUGAGAAGGAUUGGUCUGCAUUCAUUGAUGAGUUUAACUUGGAGCGAAAUAGAUGGCUUUUAGGUAUGAGAAGUACUCAAUGGAGUGAGAGCAUGCACUCCUUUUAUAGUGGUUACUUGCAUUGCAAGAGUGGAUUGAUUCAGUUCGUGCUUGGGAACAAGGAGCAGAAGGAACUGGAAGAUGAUGCUGCAGACUCUAAAGGAGUUGUUCCUUGUUCAUCGAAUACUAAAUUGAAAGACAAUUUCAACGUGAGUACACAACUUCUAAGUUUAGGGAAGUACAACAGGAAUUCAGGAAAAAAGGAGAUUGUUUAGUCCGUGGUGCGACUCACGAGGGUGAUUUAUUUUGUGUGAUUAUGAAAGAGCAAUACAUGUUAUAUGGAGAACUUAGGUCCUAGAACAAUAUUGUCGAGUUUGACCCGUCGACACACAAGAUUCGGUACGAGUGCAACAUGUUUGCAUCGAGAGGUAUUCUUUGUUGUCACUGUCUUGCUGUUUAUUUUUAUUACGGAGUAAACAGAGUACCAUCUUGCUAUGUUCUCCCUUGAUGGAGCAAGAAUGUACAGUGGAAACACACUUUCAUUAAGAGUAGCCAUGACGAGAAGCGAUCGGAUGAAAGCCACAACUUAUUUAGAAGACUGUGUACGCACUUCUUCAAUGUGGCACAGGAAUUCGUGACAUGCGAAGAAGAGGCGGCCAUGUUACAUUUGGGUCUUGAUGAGUUAAGGGCCAAGUUGGUUGAUUAUCGUGCAAACUUGGUGUCCAGAAGUGUUCCCAAUACAGAUAACAACAUGGUGACACAGUCUGACCCAGCUUGUGUUGCAUUUGACAUUCAAGGUCCCUCUAAGGUCGCAACAAAGGGUUGACCGAGACUGAAGAGGCUUGGAUUUGAACUGGACGCAUCCAUUAAGAGAUUUAUGCGAAGAAAGAAGAAUAAUCCACCUCAGGUAAAUAAUAGAGCAAUCAAUCCAAACAUAGUGGCGGUUCCUGCUUUGAGCACGAACGAAUCACAUGGAAAUUACGGCUUCUUGUCUUUGUUACACUUAUUUCGACAUAGUUAGAUUACUUUUGAUUAUGAAUUUGUAUGGACAUUUGCUGUCUUUAGUAAUAUUUUUUUCCACUUAUCUUUUUACAAAGUUUUCGAGGUAUUUAUUUAAAUGACAUUUUUAAGUUGAGG